AUGGCAGGUCGGACCCUGGCUCUGCGGUACGGGCCCCCUCGGUCUCCCAUUUCUGAAGCUGAGGGUCCUGUAACCUGGCCCAGCUGGCAGUUCACCAGCAGCGGGGUCGCCCACCACAGGAUCCCACCGGCGCCCUUCCCUCCCUCCGGCCUCCAGUGUACGGUCGCGGCACCUCUGCCCGCGGCCGCCAAGCACGAGCCGCACAUAUGGACUUUUGACGAAGUCAUCAACCGAUGGGAAACCACCUCGGGCUCCUCAUACGUGCCCAAGACGCACGGUGGACCCUGUGCUCAGCCCAAGGCGGCAGAGCAUGAGGACCCUGGGCGGUCGCUAGGGAUCAAAUCUUUGGCAGAGAAGCUAAGAAGACACGAGGGUUGGGGUACUCCCCUAAUCACAAAAUACCAGGUCAGCGAGAUGAAGGCACGGUACCCGGCCUGGCCAAGUCAGAGUGCUCCUCUCUUUGAGGAGCCCCAACCCCUGGAGCUCGCCGACCACCACCGCGGGGGCCCUUCCCAGGCCCUAAUCUCCUGGACGAGGAAUACAGAGCUGGCCGGCCAGCCCUUUACUGUGAACAAGAUGGGCGUCCUGGGCCGCCUCCAGCCCUAUCUGACCACCACUGCUCGUGACUUCUCAAGGUGAUUGCCUGGAUACCCCGGGCAAGAAACAAUGACUUGCUGGUGCUGGCUGAAGAAGUCGCAGGCCUCCUGCCUCCCUGAGCUACAAGGCAGUCAACCGAGGGAGCGCCUAGCCCGUGCCCACCCGGUGCCACCGGCCGUGCCAUACCUGGGUGCCCUGCCAAUGACCCAAGACUCUUAUGGGCCCCCGCUGCACCCGCUCCGCAGGCUGGACCGCUUUUGCCCACUAGAGGCACCCUGGGGAGGUCCCCACUCAAAGCCCCUGCCUGGCAUCUACAGCGUGCCCAAGGCCUACUGCACUGAAAAUUCCCGCUAUGGGAGUGCCAGGGCAGAGGUGGUGUGAGCAUCUGUGAGCCCCGCCCACCGGGUGGGAAUAGACUCCAGAAUGAGAUCUGUGGGCGGGGCAACCCCGGCAUACCCCAUGCGCCUCCAGAGGGAGGUUACUGAUCAAGUAGUUUUACAGCUGAAACGACAUCUAUUUCUGGACCUGCAUCCUGGUUAGGGAGUUGGGUGAGGGGCAGUUGCUCCCACUGGGUAUAGAGGGAACCAAACGCUGAACACUGUCCUUUCC